GUAGGCUAUUUGCGCUCCGUAGCCUGCACAGUGUGGGAAAGUGUUUCAUCUGACAACUCGAGCAAGGAGAAAUAAAAGAAAAGCGUCGCUUUGUGGGAACAUCUGUGCGGAAGUUUCGCACGAGUCCCGCCUCCUGGACCAGGUUCUGGAGCUGAUUAUGAAUGAGAAGCCCUCGAAUGCCAACAGCCUGUUCCUGAAGGAGGACUCCGAGAAGCCACACCUCCGUGACCGCGGCCUCCAGCAGCUACGCAGGGCCAUGCAGAAACGCGCGUCCAGCACGCAGAAGAGGAUGAGCUGCAUCACGCGCCAGAGCGUCAGGAACUUCCUGCGACGGAACGCCUUCGUGCUCUUCACUGUGGCCGCCGUCGCACUGGGGGUCAUCCUGGGUUUCGCUGUCCGUCCGCGUGAGAUGUCCCUCAGGGAGAUCAAGUACUUCUCCUUCCCGGGGGAGCUUCUGAUGCGGAUGCUGCAGAUGCUGGUGCUGCCCCUCAUAGUCUCCAGUCUGGUUACAGGGAUCUCCUCUCUGGACAGCAAAGCCUCGGGCAAGAUGGGCGGCCGGGCGGUGGUCUACUACAUGGUGACCACCUUCAUCGCUGUCUUCAUCGGCAUCGUCAUGGUCAUCAUCAUCCGGCCAGGGAAAGGCAGCAGGGACAGUCCAGCGCCCUCUAGUGGCAACAUUGAGCCGGUACAAGCUGCGGACGCUUUCUUGGAUCUCAUUAGGAACAUGUUCCCUCCUAAUUUAGUGGAAGCAUGUUUUAAACAGUACAAAACGGUGUACACCAGACGGAUCUACAAGAAGAACGUGACGUUGCUGCUCGACCUGACGGAGGCGGCGAACGGCACCGAGUCCCCGUCCCCGUUCCCGGCCAACGGCAGCAGAGUGCUGCAGACGGUGGAGGAGACGGUGGAGGAGACGGUGCCCGUGUCGGGCUCCUCCAGCGGGGUCAACGCCCUGGGCCUGGUGGUCUUCUCCAUGUGCUUCGGCCUGGUGAUCGGCAAGAUGAAGCAGCAGGGCCAGGCGCUGCGGGACUUCUUCGACUGCCUCAACGAGGCCAUCAUGCGGCUGGUGGCCAUCAUUAUCUGGUACGCGCCGGUGGGCAUCCUCUUCCUCAUCGCGGGGAAGAUCGUGGAGAUGAAGGACCUGGUGCAGGUGGGCGGGCAGCUGGGCAUGUACACGGUGACCGUGAUCGUGGGCCUGCUCAUCCACGGCCUCUUCGUCCUGCCCCUCCUCUACUUCGUCGUGACGAGGAAGAACCCCUUCACCUUCAUCGGGGGGCUGCUUCAGGCACUCAUCACUGCCCUGGGGACCUCGUCCAGCUCAGCCACCCUUCCCAUUACCUUCCGGUGCCUGGAAGAGAACAACGGUGUGGACAAGAGGGUCACGCGAUUCGUCUUACCCGUGGGCGCCACCAUCAACAUGGACGGCACUGCCCUCUAUGAGGCUGUGGCCGCCAUCUUUAUCGCCCAGGUCAACGACAUGGACCUCAACUUUGGCCAGAUCCUCACCAUCAGUAUCACGGCAACCGCUGCCAGCAUUGGAGCAGCAGGCAUCCCUCAGGCUGGUCUGGUUACCAUGGUGAUUGUAUUGACAUCAGUGGGACUGCCCACGGAGGACAUAACACUGAUCAUUGCGGUGGAUUGGUUCCUGGACCGUUUGAGGACCACCACGAACGUGCUGGGCGACUCUCUGGGGGCGGGAAUCAUAGAGCACCUCUCACGGCAGGAGCUGCAGAGUCAGGACGCCGAGAUCGGCAACUCGGUCAUCGAGGAGAGCGAGAAGCCGUACCAGCUCAUCUGCCAGGACAACGACACGGUCAAACACAGCAACAGUGAGACCCCGAUGUGAGGGGCCUUCCCUGACCUUCUCCGCCGCUGCCACCAACACAACCAGCUGCACCAAACAGAAUACAGGGGAUGUGAUCUGGAUGCCUCACCAAGAAACAUAACAGUCAACCUAGGGACUCGUGUUGGUUUUGAUAGGCCAAACUGGGCACCAAACCGUUGGUCCAAUUUGACCCUUUUUAAGAUAGGUGAUUCAAAAGUUCGACCACUUGUUGAAUCCACCAAUUAUUAUUUAUUUAAGCCUGAAAUUAGUUUCACAGACCUAGGCCAACACUUUUAUUGUAGAUUUAGUGCUU